AUGUCCAAAGGAGACACCGAGGAGGACAAGCUGGCUCGGUUAAUUUUGGACGCAAAGGGAGUGAAGGUGGGCCUGCCACCAUCUCCCAGGGCCGACCCUAACUCACUAGAGCCCAAUGCUGACCCUAUGGACUCGGAGGAUAACUUCUCGGACGAUGAGGCCCAAAUCUUUGAGCUUAGGCGUCGCGUUACUUCGGCAUCAGGGGUGCUAAAGAGGUUGGUUAAAUCUUCUCGAGUCAGUCAAGUGGUGUGA